UAAAUUUUCUCCAUAUUAUCAUUAUAUAUAGAGAGAUAAAUCAUUGAAUCCUUUUCAUUUCUCAACCAAACUAACACUAUUUAGGGAGUGUUUGCAACUGCUUCUGCUUAAAAAAAGCACUUUUGGAGAUGUAAGGAAAAAGUGAUUAGUAAGAAAAGUUGAUAGUGUUUGAGAAAAAAGUGAUUUUGAAAAGUAAAAGUUGAUAGUUUUUGGUAAAAUAAGUGCUUUUUGUGUAAUAAAAAGGGGAAAAAAACUUUUCACACGCAAGCCGAGAAAAAGUAAAAAUGGGUAGUGUUUGGUAAAUAAGUGCUUUUUUCUUUUUUUUAAGUGAUUGCAAACACUCCCUUAACCCGUUAAACUGAAAUACAAACCGUUACAGGAAUAUUCUUUCCUCUCCCACCUGACAUUUUUAGCUCAGUGCGGUGCUGCGGUGGCUCACAGAGGCUUUCGCCACCCUAUCUUAGAGGGGCUUGCGUUCCUCCCGAGGCGAGGCCGAAGGAAGAAGCAAAACCAAAGUAAAGUGCGCUUUUCCCCUUCUCUCUUUGCUGAAAAAGCAAACAAAUCUCGAUGACGAUGAGGGCUUUAUUUGCCGAACAAGCCAUCUCUCCCUCUUUCCGAAAAGGAGAAGAAGAAAGACAUUUGAAAGAGACAAUUUGUCAGACGAAGAAACCAAAAUCUCGAGCGGGCAUUGAAGCUAUUUUGAAUUAAAGGCGGUGUAUCCUCACAUCCAAUUCUUUACUUGCUAGAUGAGAAACCAAAACCUAAUAAAGCUCCCCGCUCACUUGCCUCGAACCUCUCCAAAGUAUAUUCUCCACUGCCCUCUUCCGUAUAUAUACAAGCACUUGAUCCGUGAUGCCGCCGAUGUGCAUUUGCCCUUUGUUCUUCUUCUUCUUCAUCAAUCAGAUUCUCUGGAUUCGAAGCAGAAGAAGAGGGGAUAUAAUUGGUGGGGUCGUAUAUUGUUAUUUCUGCUGGUGUUUCUCAAUCUCAAGUCAUGGCCAGUACCAGUGGUACUAAGUCGGGUAUGGGUUCCCGAAGGUUGAAUAGGGCAGGCACUAUGCUGGAUCCAGCUGUAGGAGAAGACGACAGCUCCUCCAUUAGUGAGAAAGUCCCCCACACGCUCGAAUCCAUUUCUCCCUUCCUCCGCGUGGCGGAUGAAAUGGAGGAAAAAGAUCGUCUAAUUGCUUAUUAUUGCCGAUAUCAUGCAUUUGAGAAGGCUCAUAGUUUGGAUCCGAAUUCAAAUGGACGUGGUGUUAGGCAAUUCAAGACUCGCCUGUUACACAUACUUGAAAAGGACAAAGGUAUUCCAAUUUCGAGUAAAUAUGUAAUAAAUUUCUACAAGAAGUUCUAUCUGGAACAUAUCAAAAAUGGCCAUCUGACAAAUAACCCAGAAAAGAUGGCGAAGAUGUGUCAAACUGCAAGUGUGUUGUAUGAUGUUUACUUGGCAUUGGAGCCAGAUAAAUCACCUAGAGAUUUGGAUGAAGCGGCAUGCAAGUAUGCCAAAGAUGUAGAAGAGAAAAGGAAACAGUAUGAGCAAUAUAAUAUUCUUCCAUUUUAUGCCUUUGACGUUAAACCUGCCAUAAUGGAACUCCCUGAGAUCAAAGAAUCACUGGCAGCUAUUCGAAUGCCUGAAAAUAAGGCUAGUUCAGUAAAUGACAUUCUUGAAUGGCUGGGAUUGACCUUUGGGUUCCAGAAAGCAAAUGUAGCAAAUCAAAGGGAGCACUUAGUACUGCUGCUUGCUAAUAUGUACAUCAGAGAUAAGAGCUUACAUGGCAACGAUUACUAUUUCAGCAACACGGUUAAGAAACUGAAUGACAAAAUAUUCAAAAACUACAAUUCAUGGUGCAAAUAUUUGCAUCUCCCGUCAAAUAUCAAGAGUAAACAGGAUGGUAGUAAACAGCAACAGCGACAGCAAGAACAAGAACAACAUCUAGAACGACAACAACAACAAUUUCGUGAUCUUGUCUACGUUGGUCUUUAUCUCCUUAUUUGGGGUGAAGCUUCAAAUAUCCGAUUCAUGCCAGAAUGUCUCUGCUAUAUAUUCCACUGUAUGUCUCAUGAGGUUGAAGGACUUGCUGGCAAUGUUAUUGAUGUCACUGGAGCUUCAUAUGAGACUGUGCAUCGUGGUGAGGAAUCAUUUCUUAAGGAUGUUGUGACACCUAUAUAUAAUGUGAUAUCAAUGGAAGCUAAGAGAAACAAAAGAGGGACAGCAAGUCAUUCAGUUUGGAGAAAUUAUGAUGAUCUGAAUGAAUACUUCUGGUCUGAUAAAUGUUUUAACUUGGGAUGGCCAAUGAAGAAAGAUGCUGACUUUUUUGUGCACCCAUAUGAUGAUCAAGGAACAAAUGCGGACCGUAACAAUGUUGCUACAAGAAAGAGGAAGCCAAAGACAAAUUUUGUUGAAAUUCGUACCUUUUGGCAUCUCUAUAGGAGUUUUGAUCGCUUCUGGACAUUCUUUAUAUUGGCUCUCCAGGUGAUGAUUAUUAUUGCAUGGAACAAUUCAGGAUCCCUGUCUGAGAUUUUUGAUGAGGACAUGUUCAAAAGCAUCUUGAGCAUUUUUAUAACUGCUGCUAUUCUGCACUUUUGGCGUGCUGUUUUGGAUAUAAUCCUCAGCCUUAAUGCAUGGAGGAGCAUGAGAUUUACGCAGAUACUUCGCUAUCUACUGAAACUUGUGGUUGCUGCACUCUGGGUGGUUCUUUUGCCUAUUACUUAUUCUAAAUCUAUUCAGAAUCCCACUGGAGUUGUGCGAUUUUUCAACAAUUUGGGAGGAAUUAUACCAAACCAGUCAUUAUACUACUACUGUGUUGGCAUAUACUUGAUGCCAAACAUAUUGGCUGCAUUUCUUUUUAUGUUUCCUUGUAUGAGAAAAUCCAUGGAAAAAUCAAACUGGCGUGUUGUUGUGCUACUAAUGUGGUGGUCUCAGCCAAAGCUGUAUAUUGGAAGAGGCAUGCAUGAAGACAUGAUUUCUCUAUUCAAGUAUACAUUUUUCUGGAUCUUUCUGCUCAUCAGCAAGUUGGCAUUCAGCUAUUAUGUGGAGAUUUUGCCUUUAGUUCAGCCUACAAAGACUAUCAUGAAUAUUAGAGUGCCUAACUAUGAAUGGCAUGAGUUCUUCCCAAACCUGGCAAAUAAUAUUGGUGUUGUGGUCGCAAUUUGGAGUCCAGUUGUUCUGGUCUAUUUUUUGGAUACACAAAUAUGGUAUGCUAUAUUUUAUACAAUUGUAGGAGGGAUUACUGGAGCAUUCAGUCACCUUGGCGAGAUUAGAACACUUGGGAUGCUAAGGUCUAGAUUUGUAUCUAUUCCUUCAGCUUUCAGAGAACGCCUUGUGCCACAUUCAAAAGAGGAGCACGGACAAGUCAAUGGAGAUGAUUCGUUGGAGCGAAAGAACAUUGCGAAGUUCUCUCAAAUGUGGAAUGAGUUCAUAGUAUCAAUGCGAAUGGAAGACUUGAUCAACAAUAGGGAAAGAGAUCUCCUUCUUGUGCCAUAUUCGUCAUCGAUUGAGAUUAAAGUUAUCCAAUGGCCUCCAUUCUUGCUUGCAAGUAAGAUCCCAAUAGCAGUGGGCAUGGUAAAAGAUUUCAAGGGAAUUGACGAUGCUGAACUAUUCAGGACGAUUAAGAAUGAUGAAUUCAUGUUUUCGGCUUUGAUUGAAUGCUUUGAAACACUCAAGGGCUUAUUGACUGAAGUAGUGGAUACUGCAGAUGACAAGAGGAUCAUUGAGCAGAUAUGUGACGAAGUAGAUAACAGCAUAAAAGAGAAAAAUUUUCUUAGAAGAUUCAAUUUGAAAAAGCUGCCAUUACUGAAUGAAAAAUUGGAGAAGUUUUUAGAUAUUAUUGUAAAUGAAUAUGGAGUCCAUGGGGAUGAGACACAGAGAAAUCCACGACUGGUAAAUCUUCUCCAGGAUGUUAUUGAAGCUAUCACUCAGGAUAUAAUGGUUGACGGCAAUAAAAUCAUGAAAGGAGCCCCGGAAAAAAAGAAAAGCGAGGAAAAAUUUCAGAAUAUAAACAAAAAAUUAUUUAAGACGCCUUGGUGGGAAAAGGUUGUGAGGCUCCAUUUACUAUUGACAGUAAAGGAGUCUGCAAUAAAUGUGCCAAUGAAUUUAGAAGCACGUCGAAGAAUGACCUUUUUUGCGAACUCUUUGUUCAUGAAAAUGCCAUCUGCCCCAGAAGUUCGAAAUAUGAUGUCCUUCAGUGUUCUAACUCCAUAUUAUAAAGAGGAAGUUAAGUAUUCUAUGGAUGAACUUAACAAGGAAAAUGAAGAUGGCAUAUCAACUCUCUUUUACCUUCAGAAGAUCUAUCCAGAUGAAUGGAAGAACUUUCAGGAUCGCAUUGACGAACUACCCCCUAAACCUGGUAACGAGAGGGAGCUUGAAGUCAUUGAACUUACUCGGCAAUGGGUGUCCAACAGGGGCCAGACACUUUCCAGAACUGUAAGAGGAAUGAUGUACUAUAGGAAUGCUAUUGAGCUUCAGUACUUCCUUGAAAAUGUGGAUGAUAAAGAGAUAUUUGCUGGCUAUCGUAAUGCUAUGGAUAAAAAUAAUCCUGAGUCUAGACUGAAUGAAGUAAAAAAGGCAUGGGCAGAUUUGAAGUUCACCUAUAUUGUCUCUUGUCAGUUGUAUGGUACUCAGAAGAAAUCCUUGGAUGCAAAAGAGCAUAAUAUUUACGCCAAUAUUCUUAAUCUCAUGUUGGAGUAUCCAUCUUUGCGUGUUGCUUAUAUAGAUGAAAGAGAGGAGACAGUUGGCAAUACAGUAAAUAAUAAGAUCUACUACUCUGUUCUUGUCAAGGGAGGAGAUAAGCUGGAUGAGGAAAUAUAUCGAAUCAAGCUUCCUGGUCCUCCAGCAGAAAUUGGUGAAGGAAAGCCUGAAAAUCAAAAUCAUGCCAUUAUUUUCACUCGUGGAGAAGCCUUGCAGACCAUAGACAUGAAUCAGGAUAACUAUUAUGAGGAAGCAUUCAAAAUGAGAAAUGUAUUGGAGGAGUUCACGAAAACUCAUCACGGGCAACGUAGGCCAACAAUAUUAGGAUUGAGGGAGCACAUUUUUACUGGAAGUGUCUCUUCACUCGCAUGGUUCAUGUCCAAUCAGGAGACUAGUUUUGUAACUAUUGGACAGAGAGUUAUGGCAAGCCCUUUAAGGGUGAGGUUCCACUAUGGCCAUCCUGAUAUAUUUGACAGGAUCUUUCAUUUGACAAGAGGUGGCAUAAGCAAAGCCUCAAAAACUAUUAACUUGAGUGAAGACAUAUUCUCAGGUUACAAUUCAACAUUACGAGGAGGAUAUGUGACACAUCAUGAAUAUAUUCAAGUGGGCAAGGGACGUGAUGUGGGGAUGAAUCAGAUAUCUCUUUUUGAGGCAAAGGUUGCAAACGGAAAUGGUGAACAAACGCUUAGCCGUGAUGUAUACAGGCUUGGACGCCGGUUUGACUUCUAUAGGAUGUUAUCAUUCUACUUCACCACCAUUGGUUUCUACUUUAGUAGCAUGGUUACUGUGUUAACUGUUUAUGUAUUUCUAUAUGGCCGUUUGUAUAUGGUCUUGAGUGGGUUGGAAAAAUGGAUUCUGGAGGAUCCUUCUGUUAGUGAGGCUAAGGCUCUAGAAGAGGCUUUGGCGACCCAGUCUAUGUUUCAGCUGGGUUUAUUACUAGUAUUUCCUAUGGUGAUGGAAAUUGGAUUGGAGAGAGGAUUUCUCACUGCUAUAGGUGAUUUCGUAGUAAUGCAAUUGCAACUUGCUUCUGUUUUCUUCACGUUCCAGCUCGGAACAAAAGCGCAUUACUAUGGCAGAACUCUUCUACAUGGAGGUUCCAAGUACCGGGCUACUGGUCGUGGUUUUGUUGUUUUCCAUGCCAAAUAUGCUGAUAACUACAGACUUUACUCCCGCAGUCACUUUGUGAAGGGUCUCGAGCUGUUGAUAUUGUUAGUUGUUUAUGAAGUCUACGGGGAAUCAUAUCGGAGUUCCAAGCUGUAUUGGUUUAUAACUGUAUCGAUGUGGUUUUUAGUUGGGUCGUGGCUGUCUGCUCCUUUCGUGUUCAAUCCAUCUGGAUAUGACUGGCAGAAAACGGUGGAUGAUUGGACUGAUUGGAAGAGGUGGAUGGGGAACCGUGGUGGCAUUGGGAUCUCUGCUGAUAAAAGUUGGGAAUCCUGGUGGGGUGAAGAACAAGAGCAUCUGAAGCACACCAGUAUAAGGGGUAGACUGUUUGAGAUAAUCCUUUCACUUCGAUUUUUCAUUUACCAAUAUGGAGUUGUCUAUCACCUUGAUAUAGCUCAUGGAAGCAGGAGUGUACUGGUGUAUGGACUUUCUUGGUUUGUUAUGGUCACUGUUCUUCUUGUCCUUAAGAUGGUGUCAAUGGGAAGGCGGAGAUUUGGGACUGACUUUCAGCUCAUGUUCAGAAUUUUGAAGGCACUUCUAUUCCUUGGUUUUGCAUCAGUGAUGACUGUGCUUUUUGUGGUCUGUGGCCUCACUGUGAGCGAUUUAUUUGCCGCUCUUCUGGCCUUUUUGCCCACAGGCUGGGGUCUUCUACUUAUUGGACAAGCAUGCAGGCCGUGUCUAAAACGGGUCGGAGUGUGGGACUCAGUGAUGGAGUUGGGAAGAGCAUAUGAGUGUAUAAUGGGACUUAUAAUCUUCUUGCCUACUGUCAUCUUGUCUUGGUUCCCAUUUGUUUCAGAAUUCCAGACAAGGUUGCUCUUCAAUCAAGCUUUCAGCAGAGGCCUCCAGAUUUCCAUGAUUCUUGCAGGGAGGAAAGAUGAUAUGGCCAGAAAAUAACACCCGCCCUCAAUUUCUUUAAAGAUGCAAAAAUAGAAAUAGCAAGUAUCCUUUGGCACUGUUAGGCCAAUUAUUGUUUUAAUAUUUACAUGCUUCAGCUGGAAAAACGACUACGAUGGUUUAUAUUAUGCAAGUUUUUUAUUUUCGCAUUUGUGGAAUGAAUCAGUAGUGUUAUCAGAAUUAAGCAUAUAAUAGUAAUGAGAAUGGAAGAAUUUUAUGUAUAUAAUAUUAAAGAGUUAAGGCCUUAUAUAUAGAUUACAAAGAAGAAAUAUUCCUAUAUAA